CGCUGAGAGAGCCUCGUCGCAAGCGUCGAGCACAAUGUCUGCCGGCUCACCUCCCAAGCCGUGGGAGAGAGCGGCAGCCGGCAGCGGAUCCGCGGCAGUGCCCACGUUGACCACAACGACUGCCACCGCAGCGACGCCGACUGCAAAUGGAGCACCGACUCUACCGGCCAGAACAGAUGCGCUGAACGCCGUCGCAACACGGACGGCCACGAAUUACAGUAGUCCUUACAACCGGACAUCGCCGUAUUCCUCACCAUAUGGGUACGGCGGAAUGAGCGGCAUGAGUUCUUACAGCUCUCCUUACAAUCGAUUCGGCGGCAUGGGAGGAAUGUACGGAGGUGGCAUGUACGGCGGGGGGUAUGGCGGUAUGGGUGGAAUGUACGGCGGAGGAAUGUACGGACAGCAGGGCAUGCAGAUCGGUCCAGACGGGCAGCCGACGAGCCUGACGCAGAGCUUUAGUAACAGCACGCAGGCGACGUUUCAAAUGAUUGAGAGCAUAGUGGGCGCUUUCGCUGGAUUUUCGCAGAUGCUGGAGAGCACGUACAUGGCGACACACUCGUCAUUCUUUGCGAUGGUCAGUGUCGCGGAGCAGUUUGGAAACCUCAAGCAGACACUAGGCUCGAUUCUGGGCAUUUUCACAGUCAUGAGAUGGAUCCGAACGGCUAUCGCGAAACUCACGGGACGACCGCCUCCAGCAAAUUCGAAGGAAUUGACGGCUGCGAAUUUUGCUGCUUUCACUGGCAAGGCUGGUGCAGAUGGUGCUCCUGGACAGCCAAAGCCAAGCAGAAAACCAUUCAUCUUUUUCAUUGCCGCCGUGGUGGGUCUGCCGUGGCUCAUGGGUAAACUCAUAAGAGCAAUGGCAGCGUCGCAAGAAGCAGAGCAGCAGCGUCAACUUGCGAACGCACCAUACGGUCCAGAUGGCCAGCAACAACCUCUGGACCCAUCGAAGCUCGACUUUUGCCGAGCCAUCUACGACUAUCCACAACCGGGCCAGCAGUUCCAGGAAGGUGUUGAUUUAGCCGUGAAGAAGGGCGAUCUCGUCGCCGUACUUUCCAAAACAGAUCCAAUGGGCCAGCCAUCCGAAUGGUGGCGAUGCCGAGCGCGAGACGGAGGUGUCGGAUACAUUCCAUCACCAUUCCUGGAGACCAUUCAGCGAAGACCACAAGCGCAGAUUGCGGCGAAGCCCAACGCAAGUGCGCCAGGCAGCGAAGCCAACUCAAGACUCAACACCAUGACCACAGAUCCGCAAAGUCGUGCAAACAGCAUGAAGAUCACGGAUAAAGAGAAGGCAGAGGUCAAGAAGGCGCCAAAACACCUUCCACCGGCGAUCAGAGGCAAGGCUGGAGAUAUUCCACUUGAGAGCUUUCAGCGGGGAGCGUUCAAUUCUUGAGCGACAAUGACAUUCCAGCCAUGUGUAUAGCAACUUUCUCAGGACUUUUGCGAGGCGUUGGAGGCGUUCCUAAAUACUGUAGAUAAGCCGACGGCUCACGCGGGACAUUGUUAUCGUGAGUAUUCAGAACCUUUUGAGGUAGUGCAG